CUACUGACCAAUCGAAUCACACGUGUGCCUGCAGGUAUGACCACGGUGCUCACCAUGUCCACCAUCAUCACCGGAGUGUCCUCCUCCAUGCCUCAGGUGUCCUAUGUGAAAGCGGUGGACAUCUACCUGUGGACCAGCUUCCUGUUUGUCUUCCUGUCCGUCAUCGAGUACGCGGCGGUGAACUACUGCACCACUCUGGAGGAGAUGAGGAAGAUGAAGAGGGGGAAGAUCCCAUCCACCUUCAACGCCAGCCAGGCGAUGGCCUUCGACGGCUGCUUCCACGACAAUGACAUUGAGCUGACCCCGUUCCCCCGGAUGACGCCCACCCUGACCUCUGACCCUCUCACCGCUCCAACCCAAACCCCAGACAUCCGCCCCACGGGGGGGACUCGCCUCCACCGGCAGCGAUCGGUGCGGCAAAACAUGGACCUGCUGGUCAGCAACAGCUACAUGAUCGACUCGUACUCCCGUCUGGCCUUCCCUCUGUCCUACCUGCUCUUCAACACCAUCUACUGGAGCCUGUACUCCUGACGCCCGAACACUCGCCGCUGACUCCAGGUGUCAGACCGCAGGACUCAUCGCAUCCAGCUCCUGCUUCACUCAUCACACUCAUUGCAAAAGAGAUUCACAUGCAAGGACUCGAGUCCCUCAGUCUGUAGGAACCAUUUUUAAAAAAUAAUCUGUACAUGUGGCUGUUUCUUCUGUGCAUCAUUUUACUAAUUAUAUUCAGAAGCUCUUUUCCUCAUGGUUAUUAGACUUAUGUUGAAUUUCUUAGCUACAGGGAAAAACUAAUGUUUGUGAACAUGUGCUUUUUUUGAAAAUAUAAUUUCCCCUUUAAUGAGUGAUGUGUGGAUGUAUGUGUAUUUCAU